AUGACUGAAGCCUUAGAGCCACCUCAGCCAUCUGUCUAUGAAGUAGACUAUGUCGCUGGCUAUGAAGGCAUAACAUUUCUGGAUGAAGGCAAUAUCCCAACUAUUUCAGAAAAUGAGGCGAAAGAAGCUUUUGUCCAGUAUGUGGCAAGGAAACGUUGUUACAAUAAAGCCCCUGCCAGGGAGAUGGUGAUUACUGAUCUGCAAGCACUGAAUACAUACAGAUAUCGCUUAGAGACCUUCACUGAAUCAAGGUUUGCAUCAUGGAAAUCAGAACCAUACUGGGAUGAAGAGGUAGAUUCUCCUCAAAAUGGUGCAGCUCCUUUGCCUUGGGAUCUAAGAGCAGAUGUUCCUGACAUGUUCAAAGACAAGAUUAUGAUGAUCAAAGUACCUCACACAUCUUCUAUAACGGGAUGCCCAGUGUGUGAGUGUUCAGGCAGAAAAACAUGCACCUUGUGCUGGGGUCACAAAACUGUAAGUAUCUGCUUACACAAACCUAUGAAGCAUUUGAUAUGA